AUGACGCUGGGUUUGCGCAGCCAUGCGGUCAACCUCCGGUCCGUCAAUGGCAACUUUGACCACUGGGACGUCUCCAGUGACACAAAGCAUGCCUCUGCUGCUCUGCCUUCCUGCUCUGCCAGUGAUGAUACUAUACAUUUCAUCAACCACCGCAUCUAUUUUUAUAAACACUUUGCUGCUGUCUGUCUUGGUGACGACGCUGGCGUGUUGAAUAUGAAUCUUCCUGAGCAGAGCAUGCACAGUCCUGCUGAGGGCUGCCUGAAAGAGGACAAGUCUGAGAUCAUGGUGUCCUGCUGCCAUCGCAACAUGUUUGGGGAUCCGCUGGCAGCCUAUCCAAACAACUCCAUCAUUUCUCAUCUUCUCCGCAAGACCAUCCACAACAAAAGAGCCAUGAGUGGGAACAUGUUCUAUCUGCCGCCUCCACCCACCCUCUCUGGCCUGGACGACACCAACAUGAUGGUGUCCAAAGACAGCAUGGAACCUCCAGACCUUCGAGAGCGCCACUCUCCAAUCAGCACGAGCGUCGAGGUGGAGCGACCCCUGAGCGACCAUCUCCAAGCGAAGAGGGCGCGCGUGGAGAACAUCAUCCGCGGCAUGGCGGGAUCGCCCAACUCCAGGCUCCAGGGAGAGGAGGACGUCGGCGACCCUGACCUCGAGCUGGACAGGAAGGAGUUCAACAAAGAGAACAAGCGGAAACAGAGGCUCCCCCAGCACCAGGAGAGCAGCGCAGAGAGCGAGACGCCAGCAAACAUGGCCGCCGGCAGAGGCGGCAGCAGCAGCAGCAGCGGCGGCGGCGGCAGCACCAGCAAGAACCAGGAGUGCCACAAGCUGAAGCAGCAACUCCACAGCAUGCAGAGGCUGCUCCAGCAGCUGGAGGACAAGUUCUUCCAGGUCUACAACCAGCACGACUCCGAGAUCAACAGAGCAGAGGACGAGAUGGACGACAUCGGACAUGCUGACCAAAGCAGCGGUUUGACCCAAAUGAAAGCUGCCGGUGAAGCGCCAAAUGGCUUGAGUGUUAGCGAGGGAUGUGAAAGCAGGCCUGACUGGACGGCAGGCUGUCCGAGAGAGAAAGCCGUGGUGGACGUCAGCUGCCUGGGCAGCAAGAGGGACGGGAAGAACCUGCAAGAGACUCUUAAGUACGAGCUGUCCAGGGCUGUGAACGAAAGCAUCGACACCGUGUUCCAGAAGCUGUCGUCCACUCUGCUGACCCAGUCGUCUCCGUCGUCGCUGUGCCACCCUUGCACUCCAGACAGCGCAGGGUCUGUGAAGAGGACUCACAUGUCGUGCAGUCCCCUGGUGCCAUCCAGCACAGAAGAGGCCACCAUCAAACCACGACCUCUUCCGUACUACAGGAGCUCAACCCCACAGACCCCGGAGCAGCAAACGGAGGCCCUGUCUCUCGUCGUGCGCAAGUCCCCACACAGCCCGCUGAACUCCACCGGUCAGUCCGUUAAGCAGCCGUAUCCAUUCCAUCAGCCUCCGUUUCAGUUCGGCUAUGCCGCCCCCCUGCAUGACACCCAGAUCCUAGAGCAUCUCCUCAAGUAUGGUCCCCAUGGUAACCUGGGAGGCCUCGCGUGCCUCCCGGCCCCGCUGGACAGAGCCUCGCCGGACUCCGAGGACCUGCCCUGGGAGAGCAUGUCGAUGAGGUCAAAGGUCAUGUCCAGUCACCUCGGGCAGCACAGCAGACCGGGCGUACUGGGGUCGGUGUCGGUGGACGGCCUGUGUCUCCCGCACGUGAAGAUGGAGUGUCGAGAUCUUCAGAGCAUGGCAGAGAGGAGCUCCUACAUAUCGCUCAGCAUUCAGGAAGGUUUGACUCCCAACCAUCUGAAGAAGGCUAAGCUGAUGUUCUUCUACACACGUUAUCCCAGCUCCAGUGUUCUAAAAACAUACUUCCCUGAUGUGAAGUUCAACCGCUGCAUUACAUCCCAGCUGAUCAAGUGGUUCAGUAACUUCCGAGAGUUCUACUACAUCCAGAUGGAGAAGUUUGCCCGGCAGGCCAUCGUGGACGGUGUGAACGACGUGAAGGGGCUGACCGUCACCCGAGACUGUGAGCUCUUCCGAGCUCUCAACAUGCACUAUAAUAAAGCCAACGACUUCCAGGUUCCUGAACGAUUCCUAGAAGUAGCUGAGAUCACACUUCAGGAGUUCUUCACUGCUGUUUUGCUGGCCAAAGACUCCGACCCCUCGUGGAAAAAAGCCAUCUACAAGGUCAUCUGCAAACUGGACAGUGAUGUCCCUGAAGACUUUAAAACAUCCACCUACCUGUGAAGAACUUGAUCAUAUAUUCAUUCUAAGAGGACAUCAUGUUUUGUGUGACUUGAGAGUGAUCUUGGGUAAAGAAUGAGAAGGAUGAGAUGGAUCAUGUAUAUAACAGAUAUGAGAUAUUAAGGGACGCUAGCAUGAAGUGGGAAACCAGUAUUAAGUGAAAGAAAAUAGAUUUAAGUAAACAUUGCAGUAUUGAAAAUAUAAGAUUUUUUUUACCGUAUUUAAGGUAGCAUUGUGUUAACAUGCUACACAAUUAUAUCCAGACAUCACCUUCACUUGACUUUCUGACAAAUUAUAAAAGAGCCAAUAUCAGGAAAUAGAACUUCUUUCUUUUUAAAAAAAUUCCCUCACUAAUUUCUUAUUUACUGUUCUGUUCUCCAAACCAAAUGUCAAGUGUUCAUUGACGGAUGAUAAAUGAAGUGGCUAGACUAUGAAUGUAAGAAAAAAAAUGUAAAGAGGACAUUUCGACAUUACCAUGUGGUAGAAAAGACAUUACCAUGUGGUAAAACGUCUGAUGAGAAUUCAUUUUCAUUUUCAAUUAAUUUUAGAGUAUUGCUUAAAAUACACUGCACUCUUACAAUGUAGAAACAUGUGUAAGUAUGACAUAAGGUUUCAUGGUACUGUACAUGUAUGUUGCAUUGAGAUGGUAAAGUAUAACUGAUGACUUAUUUAGGAAUCUAAGCUUACAGUUAUUUUGUGAAAUCCAUAAACAUCUCAUAGCAGUGCUUUAAUGUGCUGGAUUGUGUGUAUGAAAUGGCUUCUUUUUCAUAUUUUAAGUAGGUGAAGUAGAUCUUUUAAUGAUUGUAAAU